GGGAAAAGGAAAGAAAAUACGGACAGACGUGAAAGGACCGACCGAGUUGUCGGAAUGACGUCAUUUCGCUUCGGCGAGGGCCAAGGGGCAAUCUCGCCGGACGGAGAGUGGCCAGCUAGGAUUCCGGUGAAGGUGCACUCUCCCUCUCCGUGCAAAAACCACAUAACUCCAAUCGAAAUCCCUCUCCGAUACGAGCUUCUGCAGCCGCAGCGACGAAGAUCCAUCGGGACCGAGGGUCAAAAGUUAAUACUCGAGAGAGGUGGUCUGCUGCGCCUGGAGUUGUACAUUUCGCGGUCGGUGGCGAGGCGUAAGUUCCAAAUGUUCUCGUAUUACUCCACAUGGUCACUCCAGUUAAAACCGGUAAGUGAAAUGCUGUCCAAGUUUGAGUUCAAGGUAACGAGCCUCCAAGCGGUUACGGUGGUCCCUUUGAAAUUUUGGGAUCUCCUGAAAGCUGUUCCUUUGGACCUCUGA